CUGGGACCAGAACCGGAAGUGACGCGUGAAGUUGGCCAGUAUGAAUUUCAGUCAUCGCGCGUACCUGGGUGGCUGGACGUUGGGAGUUGUUAUGGCGCACGGGCUCCUCCCCUUGUUUUGAGCCUACUCGUCUUCAUUUUUGGAGUCUCAACCCAGUUAGGAGUAGAUCCCCAGGAGGAAACUGAACGUCUAAGCGUCCCUCCCUGCGUCCUGCCCUGGGAAUCUCCGCCCCCUUGGAGGGGGAGGGGCGGGGAGUGCGCCGAAGUCCCGCCUAUCUAUGGAUCGGGUCCUCGACCCCUCUGCCUAAAGGGAGAGGAUUCCGGGCCGGCCAGAACGGGUGAUGUCCGUCCCUUCAGAUGCCAGCGCUGCCGCUUCCUCGCUGCGAUUGGUUGCGGCCGCUGCCUGGUGGGUGGUGCGGAGGCGCCUCUCUGCGCACUACCCCCGAGUUUUGGACCUGCUGGGAACCCUGAAGGUGUCCGCCCCGGGUCUGGUCCGUCCCCGGCACCACGCGCGGCUCUGCAUGGGACUGCGGGCCAAGGUGGUGGUGGAGAUGAUCUUGGCGGGCCAGCCCUGGUCCCUGGUCCUGGAUGCCCUGAAUCGUCAUUUCCCAGAGUCUGGUCCACCUGAAUGCAGCUCCAGCGCGGCUGUGUGGGAUCGGAAGAUUGUGGAGGCACAUGAGGCCUUUUGCCAGCGAGUGAAACAUCUGGCAGAGGAUCCUGAAGACUUUGGUAGUCAUCUGCAGGAACUGGAACAAGAAUAUGGGGAACCCUUCUUAGUUGCCCUGGAGAAAUUAUUAUUUGAAUACCUAUGCCAGUUGGAGAAGACACUACCAGUGCUACAGUUGCAUGAGCUUAAGGAAGUAUUGAGAGGAAUGCAAACUGAAACCUUGCUCCCCCUUCCCCUUGCCCUGACCCAGUAUUGCAUGGACAUGGGGUGGCUUCUUCAAGAGUCCCCUCUUUUUACUUCAGUGAGAGGGACAGAAUCCCAAGAGCAGAGUCCUCUACCUUCUCCCCAAUUGGAACAAGUAUUCCAGGAUCCUGUUCCCACAACCAAACCCAACACUCCCUUUCCCCAGGGGCAAGGUUUGAAGAAACCUUCAGAGACCCUCACUGGUCGGGACUUCAACCUGGCCCCUCUAGGCCGCCGGCAAAUCCUGGCAAAUCGUGCAUCUGCUGUUAGGGGAGGUCGCAAGGACAGGCCCACUGUAAUGCUUUUCCCAUUCCGGAGUAUGUGCCUACCAGUUCAGGAUAUAAUUAUGCAUGGGAACAAUAAAGGACGUGGGCAGCCCAUGGCAGAUCCAGCAGGCACCAUGGGUACAAAAGCAAUCCCUCAAGGAAAGCACAGAAACUCAGCUCGUUCCCUCAGAGGGAGGGCUCAGGAACAGGGGAACUGGACUUCUGAUGAACCCUCAGAGCAAAAGGAGAACUGCCUGGAUUACUCCCUAGAGCCCUUGAGGCUGCCAUUACCUGCUGUUGGGGCCAGGGAGCCAGUGCAUUCCCCAUCUCUGUGCAGCCCUGUGGUUACCAUAGGGGACUUGGUUCUGGACUCUGAUGAUGAAGGGAAUGGCCAGAGGGGAGGGAAGAAGUUUCUUGAAAGCUAUCAGAAGACGAAGUUUGGCACCUUGAUCCCCACCUUCUGCGAGUACCUCUCCCCUGUUGAUCAAAGUUCCGUACUUGCCCCAGCCCCUUCCUGUGGCCAGACUGACCCCAUUAAAACCCAGUGGCUUAGGUCUCUUUGAUUGGCUAUAUGGUGGGGUCUCAUCCCACUGUAGUUGGUAGAGAAUUGGAAAACUAAGCAGAUUUGGCUUACCUUGGAGGCCAGGCACCUUCAUUUUGCAACAUAGGAUUGGGUUUACCUCAUCAUACCUUUCUUGUUUUAUUUUUUGUAACAGCCAGUGAUUAAAUUUUGAAUCUUCUGAAAUGUUGUCUUGGCUAUGAGGUAAGGCAGGCUAAGGGUGCCAUAUGAUCUCUAUACAGCGUCCCAAAUAAACUCCCAAGUUCCUUUCAUCUGGUCCAAGAAUAGGAAGAAUCUCUUGAUUCUUGCCUUUCCUUAGGAAUUGAUAUGAUUGGCUGUGGGUCCAAAGUAAUUGAGGGCCUAGAAGAAGCAACCUUGAAGAUGUUAACUUGGAAUCUUGGAUUCCCACUAUACAUGUGACUUUGAUUUGCAGGUCAGAGUACCAGAUGUGCACUUUUUUUAACCCUUAUUUUCUGUCUUAACUCUUAAGAUAGAAGGGCAAGGGCUAGGCAAUCAGGGUUAAGUGACUUGCCCAGGAUUGAGCUGUAAAGAAGUAUCUACAACCACAUUUGAACCCAGGUCUUUCAACCCCAGGCCUGGCUAUCUACUGAGGCACCUAGCUGCCCCCAGAGAAGUACUUUUAUAAACUCAUGCUAUCCUGAAUAAUCUAAUGUAAUCUUGGUGGUAAUAUCACUGUCAUCACAAAUAAUAAUGAAAUGGAACCAGGUUCUAUGGAUUGCAUGAGACAAUAGACUCAAGAUUUAGGUGGCACCUAAGAAAUAAUCUUGGUCUAACUCCCUUGGUUUUACAGAUGAUGAAACUGAAGCCCAGGAAGGUUAAAUGAUUUGCCCAGAGUCACAGCAGGAAAGAUCAGAGGUAGCCCUGAAACUCUGGUCUCAUCCAUAACUCCAAAUCAAGUACACUUGCUCAUGCUGCCAGGUUCCUGACCAUGCUAAAAAUGUGUAGCCCCAUUCACUGGGCAAAUGUUCUGAUGUCCUCUAGAGAUCAAUGCAACUUUGUCUUUAGCCUUACAUUUGUAUAAUUCUUCAACUCUGGAUGAGAUUUUGCCUUUCAAAAGGGGCCCAAGAGCUCCAAAACUAUCUAGUGACAUCUGAUCCCUUCUUUAAGGGUAGUUUGGGUUUGCACAUACUACUUCUCAGGCCUUUUUGCCAAGGGCCAGACUUUAAUGCAAUCUGAUAAAUAAACAAUGAGGUUCAAACUGAUGAAUUUUUUCAGGUAGCCAUUACUAAAAGUGCUGUUAUAUAAGUGAGUUAACCCAGACUGAGUUCUCUCCCAACUUUGCUUUAUAUCCAAGAAAUCUCAGCAUAGUGUUUAUCCUGACUCCAGUCUUGCUAUUUAUUUGAUAAUUCUCUCCAGUGAGUGUUAGACCCACUACCCUGAGCUUUUUUGUAUGAAUAGUGAAACAUGAAGGCAGCCUUAUGGUGCCCUCAGGGAACAAAAAAACCAAACACAAAACCAAUAAAAUCACUGGUCCAGAUAAUCCAAGAUGGCUUCUCUGCUUUGGAUACUAGUGCCACUGCCAGGCAGUGUGCUCAAGCUCUUAGCCCUCCUCACUGAAGAUGGGGUUCACCUGCUGAGUGACCCGGAUAAAAGUAGUGCGUCGGCUGAGCUCCUUUAGCUUGGCUGCCCCAACAUAAGUGCACGUGGAACGGAUUCCUCCCAGGAUAUCCCUGAUGGUAUGUUCUACCUCACCUUUGAAGGGCACCUCUACUGUUUUGCCUUCUGAGGCCCUAGAAAAGAAGGGUUUCAUAUAAAUAACAAGUUCUACUACUCUGAUCCCAGCAAUCUUUGCUAAUCACUCAACUAUAGACCCCUGACUUAUACAUCAUCUAUUCCUGCUAAGCAAUGGUCCUUUACAAUCAAUUUUGCUUUCCCUCUCAAGCUAUAUCCUAAAGGAUCCUUCUUGUGGCAUCCUAGUACUGGUUCUUGAAUACUACUACAUGCCUUAUAUACUGUCAUACCUGUACUCAGCAAUGCCCCCAGCAUAUUUCUUCAUGGCUACUUCAGAGCUCAUGCCAUAGAAAAGCUUGUAUUUCUUGCCAUUCCUCUCUAUCAGCUCACCACCUGACUCGGUGUGGCCAGCCAGCAUGCCACCCAGCAUCACAAAGUCAGCACCUGCUCCUGUUAGCAUUAAGGAAAAGACCACAAGAGCUCAAUAUAGUUCAGGUAUCUAUUCCCUACAUAAAUGAUCUCCACUCAAAACCCAAGCUUCACUCAGGCCUGAAUCUAGUUGAGGCCCUUUCCUGGACAGGAGCCAAAAUCCCAAAAGAAUGCUCUCUUCUGGUCCCUUGAUUAUUACCCCAAUACUUAUCCUUUUGGUUUAGAAGUGACAUAAUGGCUUCCAAUUUGACUUGGAUGCCCCAAAUCCCCUUUUUGCUGCUCUUUCCACCUUCUGAACAUUUUUCUUUUCAGAUUCCAGUUGACUAAACUGCUCCCUCCCUUCAGGAUUGUUGGACCUUUGUCAGUUGAAUCAUAGGACUUUUAGGGUUCAAAAAGGAACCUGAAAGAUAAUUUGGUCCAAUUCCUUUUACAGAAGAGAAGACAGACCUAGAGAAGUUGACCAGCCUUCCCAAGGUCACAAUGUAGUAAGUAGCAGAGCUGGGAUCUGAACUUAAAUCAACACAGAUCAAAUGCUUUCUUUACUCUUAUCAUUCUGCCUUUCCAGUUUAGCAAUAUUAAUUAAACAGGCAAGAGAUUCAUUAGCAAGGAUGGGAAAACCUUGGUUCUUAACAUAGGCUUAAAGACUCAGCAGGAUCUAAAUGGAAUAAUGUUAAGUUAAUUGGAACUGCUUCCCAAGCUUUUCUGGGCCUGAUCUGGAGCUUCAGUAAUGAUAUCUCUUGCCUUCAAAUUCUACUGCUUCAGCUCAGCUACUUACCAAAAGCCUUAGCCACAUCUCCAGGACAACUGCAGCCUCCAUCCUGUGGGGAGAAGCUCUAGUAAGAGGAUGGUAUCCAAGUCCUGAUCUCUCCCUGUGCCCCACUACAAAAUUUAAUUGGGGAGGAGCUUAAGGGUCUUGGCAUUCUUUGAUAUUUAUUCCCAGAAAUAAGAAAACUUAAGUGUUUUGGCUCUUCAUUCCAUCUCCUGUAACUUACAGAAAUGAUGUGGCCUUUGAGCCCAUGGGCAGCAUCAGCACACUCCAUCACAGCACUGAGCUGUGGGUAGCCCACUCCCGUCUUCUUUCGUGUGGUACACACGGAGCCUAUAGAGAGGGAUGGGAAGAAGACCCCUGUGACCGUGGAUGCCUAAAACCACAGGAAAAUCAGUUGGGUGGGGCAGUUUUUUGUAUUUUUGACAGUGUGAGGUCAGAACUUACCUGGUCCAAUUCCUACUUUGAUAAUGUCAGCUCCAGAGAGGAUCAGCUCUUCCACCAUCUCUCCUGUUACCACAUUCCCAGCCUGUGGGAUAGAGAGCAAGAAAAAAUGGUACGGCAGACAAAGGCUUGGGGUCUGAAAUGGUAAACCAAGACAUUCUAAGGAGAGCUAAAUUGUAUCUUUGAUUGUAUUUAAUGCAAUAUUGUGGCAAUUGUAGAAAUGAAAUCUCCAAGGAUACAUUUUAGUUUCCUUUGCCAGACUGGCCAUUUCCCACUCUGUUUAUAUUUUUGCUAUAUCAAUUCCCUUUUCAGUUGUAUUUAGCAAGUUCUGACUUAUAUGCAUUAAACUAGUCUUGGUAAUUUUUGUGGCACCUCUGUACUAGGGUAAAUACCUAGAAUCCAUCUUAAUGAACUUGGUCUUAUUAAUGCCAUGAUUAGCUAGAAGAUGGAGCAUGGAAGACAUUUCAGUGAAGAGGAAAAUGGAUUGAUCCAAGAAGUUGGGAGUUCCCUGAGCAUGGCUACCUCAUAGUGGACACAACUCUACAUAACCUGACUUCUUUCCUAUAACCUGCCAGCCAUUUAGGAGAUGAUGAAGCAAGUCAGUGAUUCACCCUGCAGAAUUCUUUUGCAUAUAGUUUUAAAAAUUGUCUGUGAAAGAGAAAGUAACCACCAUAUUCUAAAAUCAACUCCCACAUAUCCAUGGUACACCUGAGCUUCAGUGAGCACAAAGUGCUACUUCAGACAUUUGGUUUACAAAGGCCAGGGGCAUCUCUGCCUGGUGUUAGGCGUGUUGCAUCAACCUACAAAGUGGCUCCAAUAUUGGGAGUGUAGCUUUAGUCUUCGAGACACUGUAUAUAGGGAGUUGCUGGCAACCAAGUAAGAGGCAUAGUAGUAUAAAAUACAAUAGGAUAGAUACGGUUGGAGGGCAGAAAUUUCUAAUGCAGGAGAAGCUGUGGCAAGUCAUUUAGCUCAAGCCUCAGUUUUCUCAUUUGUGAAAUGGAGAGAUUUGGCUAGAUAAUCUUUGUGUCUCUUCAGUUCUGUGAGAGGAAUGCAUGAGAUGGGGUGAAGUAUAAGCCAGGAAUAUGCCAAGAUGUGUAUCAAGGCAAGAACAUACCAUGAUUGUGUGCUGGGGGAAGCGUUUUCUCACAUCCUUCAGGAAUUCAACAAAAUGCUCUGAGUAGCCAUUGGCCACAUCCAGGCAGAUGUAUUUCACCUGGGGAAUUGCUUCAAGGAUUUGUUCUAGUUGCUUAAAGUCUGAAGCACCUGUUCCUGAGCUGGCAGCCAGAUGCUGGUGGGGGGAAAACAGGCAUCAAUGUUGAAACAGGAAUUCUUAAGGGUUCCACUGAUAAAUGUAAGGGAAUCUGAAUUUGAAGAAAAAAAUACAUCUUUAUUUUCACUAACUUCUAACUGAAGUAGCAUUUCCUUCAUUUAUGACUUAACAAACUUUAUUCCCCUUCCAUAGCUGUCACCAGUUUGCCAAAAGGCAGACCAAAAUAAAAAAAAUCUCUGAUCUGAUGGAUGGGAAACAUAUUAUGGAUAAUUAAACAAGACAGAGCCAGAGAUAAAUAGGGGAAAGCAGGCAGAGUUGGAAGAGAAGGGAUAUCAUCCUUUAAAGACAAACUUUAUAUGGCUAGGGAUAGGGUGGGGAUAGGGUAGAGUUAGGGCAGGAUAGGGUCCCACCUUACCUCUAGACAGUCAGGAUUCUUAUUAGCAAACUCCUUCCACUGCUCAAGACUGUAGUGUUUAUGGAUGGCCGUGAACAGAGAGAACUGAGGAGAAGCAAAGAUAGCAAAGUGAUUUUAACCUCAGUCUUCCUCCUAUUAAAAAUAAUCAUGCUAUUGUUUCUUUUUGGUUUAGAGUAGAGAAGUAAUCGAGUCAGUCGCUGAGUUUGAAGUUGUAGCUAACAAUCCAAUCCUAUCUCCCAUCACAGAUUUUACACCUAGGAUUAUAACCAUAAGUAAUUUUUUUUUUUGGUAACUUCCUAUCUACCUGUUUAGGAUCCCAUCUCCUGGCAUCUACUCUGAUCCUGAUAGGGAGUUAAUAUAAUGAGCAGUUAGUUGGUGAAAUAUGACAGGCAGCGGGAUAUUCAGGCAGGACCAAGAUAUUGUCCUCCCUCCUUUGAGACUGGCAGGGGUUCCAGGAAGUACCAUGUGAGCUUGGCACAGGGCCACAAAAGAUGAACAGUGAAGAUGUUGGGCUCUUGAAUUUGCAGGCAUCAACUAGAAUGGUUGAGGUAAGGUAUUUGCUAUGAGAGUCUAGGUACCUGGCCAUUUUAUAAGGCUGAUAGUGCUAAGUUAACAUGUUUCCCUAGAGUCUUCAGGCAUGAGUAGUGGCAUUUUAGUAACUCCAGCUUCCCAAAGAAGGUGCCUUAUGCCCUCUUAAGGUACCAUCUGACAAUAUAAUAGUACUAAAGCUAGCAAGGCUGAUUUCUUCACAACCACUGAAAUGAAGGCAGGGCAGGUAUUUUUGUUUCCUGUUUAAAAAAAGUUCAAGGAUGAUAUAUCUUGUUAAAUAUGUACAUGCAUUAAUGUUCAACAAACCUUCAAGCCAAAUCUCUUGUUCCUUAACUAAAAAAACUGAAAACAUCCCAAAUACUUGAAAAAAGGCUUCCAACAGUCAUUGCCCAUGGCUUUUGUAAGUUCUUAUAUAGGAACAUGCAAAAAAAGGCAGUUAGCAAUGUUAGCACAGUAUUAAGGUGUCAUGUUUGAGGAGGCCAUGUAUUAAUUUGCACCAAAAACCUCUAACUUUAAAGCUAAAGAUCUUAAAGAGAGCUACUAAGCUAACAGCUGGCACUGUAUUUUGCUCUUUCAGCAACAUAAUCCCAAACAGUAUGCUGACCAAGAAACCAGGGUUCAGGAAAAUGAAGAUUCUCUUUAGGAGAUGUUGAUAGAAUGCUGCAUCAAACUUAACAAGUUAGUGGUUUAUUUAGUCUCUAAAUAUCUUUGUUAUGUAAUACUGUGAGACAUAUAAGUAGCAUGAUAUCUUAUCUGGUUUCCUUAGUACUUUUCAGAAUCAUCUAUAAGCCAUUCUAGACAUUACAGUGUGACAGGCUUUGACAGUGCAGCCAAUUCAUUAGUAUUGAAAUCAUGCUCAUCACAAACCAGCUGUGCUAGGGAAGGCACACGUUAAUGGACAAUACAACUUCUACACAUUAAUUGAAUGGUAAGCUGGAGCUUAGACCCCCCCCAAAGCAAGGGUAGGGGUGAAGCAUAAGAAUACUUGGAGACUUUUUUUUUAAGUGAACCAAAGAUUUCAUUUGUAUAGCAAACUCCUGGUGAUGAAAUUCCCUCUACCAAUGCAGAUAAGGCAGAUAGGUACCUGCUACCUGUAUUGCAACUUAGGGUCCAAGAGUUGGAGGUGGGGAGCAAUUGAUUGUGUCCAAUUACUUUCUCAGGGUCACAAAGCUCCUAUAUGUCAAGGAUGGGGCUUAAACCCACAUUUUCCUGACUUGAAGCUUAGGCCACUCUCUAUGAGGACAUAUUGAACAUAAAAUCUUAACAUACAUAGCAGAGCCAAGUUUUUUCAACAAGUAAUAGGAGUCAGGCCAUACUGCAAUAAAAAAAGAGCAUGCCGACAAGGCCAACAGACAUAUCCAUUGAUGGAGAUGGCCACUAACCAGUGGUGGAAAAGUUCACUUAUCUAUCCUCCGGCUACAUUGGGUUGUAAAAUUGUCAGCAGUGACUUCUUCAAACAGGAAGUUCAAUAAGAAACUGUGUACAUAAAAAUACAUGCCAUAUUGGAUGCAAUAAAAAAACUAACACCAGUUCUACUGCCCAGGGCUUUACACUAUUUUUAAAAGUUGUUUAUUAAGAGAUCUCAAUGUGUCUUGAGUUUUGUGGUUCUGUCAUAAUUAUGAAAUAUGAAAGGAUGGGGAGGAGUUAUACCUGGGUAAUGAAUGGUAUAGGUGGGGUUAUACUUUUAUUUAUAGAAGUAUACACUGUUACUUCUAAUGAAAACAAAGGGCAAUUAGUUCCAUUAAAAAAUCUGAUAAAUGGGUGAUUGGAGGAAUCAUAAUACAAAAGUGUUUUGUGACUUUACAGUAGUGUUUGGUCAUAAUGUUAUUCACAAUGUUAUUGUGAAAUGCCAGAGGCAAUCAUAUUUGUGACAUACCUGUAUGUAUGUUGGAGGUGGGAGAAAAAGAAGUUAUAAAGUUGAAUCUAAAACUAAAAUAAUUAAAAACUUUUUAAAGAUGUCAAA